GCUUUUCAGGUGUCUUCCUUGGAGAAGCUGGAUCAAACUCUGGCUUCUGGUUUAAUGCGGAAAAUGCCGACAGGAGGUUUCCAGGACCUGCAGUGUGAUCAGUCUCCUGCUGGAGAGUGUCAUUCAGAGGACAUUCCUACUCUCCUACAUUUUGCGGCCCAGCAUGGAUUGCGAGACCUGGCCAGUGCUUUGCUGCAGUGUCCUGGAUCCCAGCAGGCCCUUAAGAUCCCCAACAGCCAUGGACACACACCACUGGAUCUUGCACACGUACAUGGACACAACCAGCUCUAUAUACUCCUACAAGAAUCAUUGAUACUUGAUGACAAUGAUGGCAACAUUGACACCGGUGUAUAUGAGUUGAUGGGAAGAGCAGAUAAUCUUUGGUUGCUUGAUCCUAAUGAGGAACACCAAAACAAUGAAGAUGAAAAUGUCUAUACUCCCCUGGGUAGAGAUGGGGAAGAGUAUGACACCAUCCUCACAUCCAGCAGCUCUGUAGUAAUAGUGAACCGCCCCCCUGCACCAACCCCUCGGCCUGACUCCCUUCCUACCCCAGAGGACAAAACUCCCUUCAUCGCACAAGGUUUGAAUUUUUAA